GGCUUUUUUGACUUCCCGAGUGGUCCUUGACGCAAUUGAUUCCGGUCCAGUCUCCUGUCGGUGACGGAGCAGUUGGCCACCAUGCAGUUGAAUUCUGAAAGUUUGCCCUUCGUUAAGAUGCAGCAUAGGAAGGAGACCACCCCCGACAGCAGGCGAAAGAUGCUGGCCCUCGCUGCAAUUGGAGCCGUCAACCUGCAGGAUGUACGCCCUGCCCGUGGGAAUCACUUUUCUCGCUCUGGCGAGUGUCACCGUCGCGCUGCGGCUGUAUGCGCGACUCCAUCUCGUGCGGAAGCCGGGCUGGGAUGAUCUGUUGAUUGCUGUCUCCCUGGGAACGGACAUUGUAUUCUUCGUCUUUCUCGUCAUUGAAAGCAAAAAUGGCCUGGCAGAGGAUCAGGAAGAUCUCAGCCCCCAGGAAGUCCGGAAUCAGCUCAAGGCCCUCUGGAUCACCAUCCCAUUAUACAACCUCUCUCUGACUUUGACCAAACUCUCCCUGGUCUUCCUAUACCGACGUCUAUUCCCAACAAAGGUGUACCGCAUCCUCCUCACCAUCACCUUGGUAUUUGUCAUCAUCUCCGGUCUAUGGAUGGUCUUUAGUACUCUACUAUUCUGCAUUCCCGUCUCUGCAUUCUGGAAUAAGUCCCUUCCACGGACUUGUCUGCCCGCAGACGUGGUCUGGUGUCUAAAUGCCGGCCUCCAAAUCACCACUGACCUGAUCCUCGUCAUCCUCCCAUUGCCAAUAUUGGCUAGACUCAAGCUCCCUAAACGACAAAAGUUAGCACUUCUUGUUAUAUUCGCCCUCGGAUUCUUCGUCUGCGCAACCAGCAUCGUCCGCCUAACAACCCUCAUCAAACUAAUCCGAACCCCCGACUUCACCGAAGGCAACGGCCUCGCGGCAACCUGGUCCUUCGUCGAAUCCAACGUCGCCAUAAUCUGCGCCUGCCUUCCGCCUCUCCGCCCACUCAUAAUCCGCUUCUUCCCACAUCUCAUGCCGUCUCGUAUGCGAAGUACCUACCGCGAGAAACCCACCAAAGAGGGAUUGAACUUCGUGACUACUACCACUGCUGCUAACCCUUUCGCUCCUUCGAAUACUAGCUACGUGGCUAGUAUUACGGGAAAUUGUUCUACGAAUGGUGGUGAACAGCAGCAGAACCAGAACCAGAACCAGAACCAGGAUGGAUUGGGAUUGGGUUCGUCGCCGGAGAUGGAGGGGAUACAGAUUAUGCGGGAAUUGAGGUGGGAUUCGUAUUCUGUUGGGAGUGUUGAGGGGGAUGGGGGUAUGACUUUGGGGUUGGGGUUGGGGUUUUAUGGGAUUUAG